AUGGUUCUCCUGGAAGUAGUUUGUGGACGCAAAAAUGUUGAUCCUUCACUGCAUGAAUCUGACUUCCAUUUACUUAGAACGCUGCAGAAGCAAGCUGAAGAAGAUAGACUAGUAGAUAUUGUGGAAAGUGUAGAUGAAUCCAUGCAGAGUGAUAGGGAGGAAAUACUUAGGAUGAUAAAGGUUGCUGCUUGGUGCUUGCAGGAUGACCCAGAAAGAAGGCCUCUCAUGUCAACAAUUGUGAAGGUAUUGGAGGGUGUAAUGGAGGUAGAUGCAAACUUGGUGUAUAAGUUCUCACAUUCACUGAUAGCUUCUCCUUUCAAGUCGUAUUCAAAGUUAGGGCGGAAAGCCAUUGAAGAGGAUUAUAAUAUACAAAGCAAGAUGGGGGAGUUCACGUUAAUAAAACAAAUGGAAUAA